AUGUCUAAGCUCCUUGUCGUGUUUGGCGCCACUGGGCAACAAGGCGGCUCCAUUGUCAACACCAUCCUGGGAGACGCGGAGCUAAGCAAAGAAUACAAAAUUCGGGGGACGACUCGUGAUCCAAGCCAGGAAAGCGCGCAGGUACUCGCAAAGAAGGGUGUCGAAGUCGUUAAGGCAGACGUUGACGACGCUGCCUCGCUCAAAAAAGCUUUCGAAGGCGCACACGUUGUGUUUGCCAACACGGUCACCGUUUAUGACGGUCAUGCAUACGAACACGAAGUCAGUCAUGGCCGAGCUUUAGCUGAUGCUGCCGUCGCAGCUGGAGUUCCCUACUACAUCUAUUCGACCUUACCCAAUGCUGGAAAAAACUCAGGCGGCAAGCUCAAGAAUAUGGGACACUUCGAUGGCAAGGAAGAAGUCGAGCAGUAUAUUCGCAAACUGCCUCUGAAGAGCUCAUUCUUUGCACCCGGCUCUUUCAUGUCGAAUUUCAGUGCCACGAUGAAGCCACAUCCGGUUGGCAACGGCACCUAUGCCCUGUUCAACUUCGUCACACCAGAAACAAAGAUGCCUUUGAUCGACACUGCAGGGGACACCGGAAAAUGGAUAGCUGCCAUCUUAGCCGACUUUUCCAAGUACGAAGGCAAGGUGCUUUGCGCAGCGACAGGCUUGUAUAGCUUUAAAGAGAUCGCGGAACACAUGAGCAAGAGUUCCGGAAAAGCGGUUGCAUACAUCCAGCUCCCGGAGGAGAAGUGGCGUGGCUUCCUGCCUCCUACGAUGAGAGACCACGUCGCCGAGAUGUUGCAGUACUUCCAGGAUUACGGGUAUUAUGGUGAGAAUACGGAGGAGAAGGUCAAGUGGUCGGCCGAGCAGGCGCGUGGCAAGCUGACCACGCUGGACGAGUAUUUUGAGGCGAAUCCGUUGAAACUGGAAUGA